UCUUGCAAAAUUUACCUAAAGAGGUUGUAGAAAGUAGACGAGGCGCGGAGUUUCAAGCACGUAGUAGAUAAAAACAAGUGACACAUCCGUCAUGCGCAGAAAGGUGCAGUCGGCGGUUUCCGGUAAAUAUUUCGUUUUUGGUUCAUGUGUUGUUCUGGAAAAUGAUCAAUUUUUUAAUUUUCAAUAAAAUAUGAACAAAUUCUGCUAAUUCGAUUAGGAAUAAAACGCUAGUUUAUUAAAAAUGGGUGUCGGCGAUCUUCAGACGUUUUUGGAAAGUCCCAGUUUGGAAGGUGGAGCUGUAUCCGUAGAUUUGUUGAAAAUAGCAAGGAAUGUAACUCAAAGACAACAACCUCAUAACACCAAUCGUAAAAUUAGACCAAUAGGUAAUAAGUUGAAACUCAUCAUUGAUGCUGAAAACUGCUUGGACAGAUUGUAUGGUGGAUACUUCUCAGAUUGGGCAUGUGGGGGUCAAUGGAACCGUAUGGUACAGUUCCUUUCAUUACUGACUAGAGCUAUUGAACGCGGCAACAUUGAACUGGCAGUCGUCUUCAAUGGCACUAUUGAGCAGUGUCGUAUGAAUGAAUGGGUGGCUGAACAAGCAAACAUCAGACAGCGCGUAGGUAUGGUGUUGAAGCAUAUCAACACUAAAGCCACCCCACCACCGAAAAUUUGGUGGGCUCCACCAACAUGUCUCAGGUCAGCACUAAGGAUGGCUCUUAGGCAUUUAGGUGUUACAGUGAUGUGUACCAUGGAUGAUCAUCAUCAAGAGGUUAUAGCUUAUUGUCGAGAAUAUGGUUUUCAUGGUUUGCUUGCCGACGAUGCAGAAUAUGCUGCGUUUGACCCGCCUAGGUAUUUUUCUGCAGAAAAUUUGAAGCUCACAUAUAAGGGUUCUGUUGAAACCAAAGAGUACAUGAUAAGCGAGCUUACAAAGACGUUAAAGGUAACUCAAGAACAAGUAUGCAUUAUGGCUGCUUUGUUAGGAAACUUUUUGUUACCAGAAAGUGAUCUCCAGGACCUGUACAAGAAGCUGGGUCUAACCAAAGGAGAAAAUAGUGCAGAAAGUAACAUAAAGAAACUGGCAGAAUAUGUAGGCACCUUGCCAUCCCCUUCGAAUAUGGAUGUUUUGGUUGUAGCAGUUUUUGGCAUUCCUGAAGAUAAAAGAGCCUCGAAAUUCCGUCAAUCUGUUCAGUAUUAUUUAAAUGGGACCGCUAGCGGAUUUUUGAAGUAUUGCACGCCACCAACUAAAUCUAAGAAGGACAAAAAUAAGGCGCAACCACAGGCACCUGUUUCAAAUGAAAAAGAUGCUGCUAAUAAUGUUAAUGUUAAAACAGAUGAUCAUGAUUUAGAUACCUCAGGAUUUGCUUCUGAAACCACAGAACAGGAACAAGAGACCCUGCAGAACUACAAGCAAGCUACAGCACAUUCAGUGGUCACCAGUUUUGAUGGUCUGGAUGUAAACUUGUUAAAAAACAUAAACAGCGGUAAAUUCAUCAGCAUAAACGAACCGUACAGUGCAGUCUAUAAGUUGUCUUUUAUAGAUGAUUCACCUCUGUCAUCAGAUUCGUCCAGAUUCAAUGGCAUCUCAAAUGGUUCAGUGGGCUCCGUGAAGAGCAUACCUGGCAGUUCUGGUCAAAGGGUAAACCUGUUGGUGGGUAACAGCAGCAGCAGCAAUACCUCUGAAAACAGUAAAAAUAGCCCCAACAGUGGAUCCGGAUCACAGAAGGCACAAAAACAAUCAGUUAGUAACAAUGCAGUGACACCCUCCGUUUCACCUGAUGUUCUGCGCACCGCUUCUCUCCGUCAUCAAAAGGUUUGAUGGCACCCACAAUCCUACACGUACUGAGUACUCAAGAAGUGCGUUUGCCAUGUCUCAUGGAAGAUGAGGGAAACAGGGAGUUCCCACCAAUCCAUGACAUAUAUGGGCCACUUAGAAAGCGGGUCUAUGCCGUACUGUUCAACCUUCACCAUCUUAGAUAUGUGCAUGCCAAGAAGAAAGAAUCUGGAGAGCUACCAGAAAAUGUCCCCCAGCCGGAUAUUUUAGUGAAAGAAUGGAUCUAUAGUCGAUCGAAUCCUUAUCAGUAUGCAGAGGAAGUGAAGGCAGAGCCCCUUCCAUGGGCCGUACCUACUCUUCAAAGAUUGUGGUUUGGGCCUUCUGUAGACGACAAACGUCGUAGGAUGAGAGCUUUACUAUCAUGCCUCAAUUCGGAUACACCGCUGAUACUGAACACCGCGUAUGUACCUCAACACAUGUUGAUAAUGGCGUGCGUUCUGAGAUACAUAAUGUCACAGGACAGGCCGAUCAUGAGGCGACAUGAACUCGAUGCAUUCCUUUGCCAUGCUUUUAAUCCUAACUUGAUGAACCCACAGUAUUUGCAAGAAUUAACGGUAAGGCUUUCAUAUGUCUAUAUUUUUACCUUCCACCAAGUACCAACACUGCAAGUAUUUUUCACAGUGUUGGUGUGAUACGGAAGGAUAUUGACUUAUCUGCAAUGCAGUAGAUGUUGUAAGUCUAUUACUUCUUCUAAAGUAACUCAGAUUACAUAUUUUUAAUACCUUUUUUUUUAUAAAACUUGUACACCCGUAGAUCCCUGGGAAGCGGAAUCCGCCAACCGUCAUAUUUUAUUGAUACCCAGUAUACCUGGGAGUGGAAAUCCUUUUUUCUAACAGACCAUUUAUGGUUAUGCAUCAGAAAUUGUAUAAAUGUGUCAAAAGUCACCCAAUUGACAUAGCACUUGUGGAGGGGGUAACAAUUAUUACUCCUCAAUACCUCUUCCAACCUAUUUCAUGCUUCAAUUCCUGAUACUGUGCAACGGUAAAAUGUACCCAACAGAUCGUUCUUCAUUUAGAGUCUUUAUAAUACAUAUACGCACCACGACAAAUUUAAGGAGAAGGUAGGCUUUGGACUGACCUCCCAAAUAACAAAAACUUACCUAUGUAUAUAAACGUGCCACCGUUUUUGAGAUAUUGAAUUUUUUCUUAAAUUUUAAAAAACCAACCUUUUCAUCUGUGGUCUUUAGCUGCAUGUACAAAUA